CACGAUAUGAACUGUACCGCCAUCAACAGCAAUCAGAUCGAAACUACACCAAACAAUCUCCCACGGCUGAUGGGUGGCAUGGGAACGGCGACACCCUUAUCGACUAGUACUCCAACCACCCGCACGGCCAAAGCUACCAUUUGUACCGGAGCGGGCGGUACGGGCGGUAGCGUAGGGACGACCGUGUUCUUCCACCGUACCACCAACAACCUGCUGGAUGUACCGCACCGUACCAACAGCUCCGAGGAGGAAAACUCACCGACGGAAUUGAAUACCUGCCGCAAACUAACGGAAAAGCCACCAUUAGUGAAACGACUUACGAUGGGCAUCCUAAGGACGGCUGAAGACAGCAGACCACUCGUCCACAGCUCAUCAUCUCCUUCGAGCUCGUCCAGCUCGUCACAGACGAUCUCCGAUGGGUACGUCAAUGAAGGUAUCUGUGCCGAUACGGCCGAAACGACACUCUCGACGACCGUCUUUACCACCAGCAAACUAUCCGGAUCAAGUACCUCCACACCAUCGACGAUAACCGCCGGCAGUACAAGCACCAUUCGAAGUCCCCUAACAACCGGCACAUCGCUAGUAGCGUCCACCGCCGGAACAAGCGUUCUACUCGAUGCCGGAGGACCUCGGUACAACCAUACGGCAACAACGCUACUCUAUCCACCAGCUGUCCCGCUGCGGAACGAUAGCUUAAGCCUGAAGGAGCAGCACGAGCUAAAGGGUGCACCAUGGUUUCAGGCCGGCAUACCACGCGAAAUUUCGCUCGAAGUCCUAUCGCGCCAAAAUCCGGGUGCGUUUCUUGUGCGCCAAAGCACCACCAAACCGGGAUGCUUCGCGCUGUCACUACGCGUACCACCACCAGCACCGAAGGUAGCACACUAUCUAAUACUAAGAACGAUACGGGGAUAUAAAAUUAAGGGCUUUACGAAAGAAUUCACCUCCCUGAGGGCGCUGAUAACGCAUCACUCGGUGAUGCCGGAACUGUUGCCCGUACCGCUAGCGCUGCCGAGACCACCCCAGAUCGUGCACCGGCAGGAGGAUCCGGAGACGUACGGUUCGCUGAACGACUUCCAGAAUAUGAUUACCGAGUGA